AUGUAUCUUAAAAAAGCCCUCCAACUAUCCCUCGCCAGCACGCUCCUCCCUCCUACACCACUCAAUUCCCCGUCUCCAUCCAUCUCAGCAAACGCAGAAGAACCCGGCUACUCCCCCAACACCCCUUCAACAGUAUCCGGAACGCCACACUUCGGUCAGAACUACGCCGUCCUCAACCUCGAUCUAAUCAACGGCCUCGUUGGGAAUGUCAAUGAGACAGAUGUAGGGAAAAGGUGGAUUAAUGCGACUGCGAAUUGGAUCAAUGCAAUCCACGAAAUAAACCUCUCACCACUAAACAUAUACACAAGGAUCUACUUCACAGAAUCCUGGAAACCCGAAGUCACACCUGACACGCCGUUUUCAAAGGUCGUUGCACCACUAGGAAACAUCACCGCCUCAGAUCCUAAAUCGCAGAUCUACCCUCUUUUCAAACCAGCCGGUAACCGCAAAGACGUAGUCCUGCGCAAAUCGAGAUACUACGCCGGAGACGCGAACUCGCUAGAGGAGAUUUUGAGGGUUCGGGGGGUUGAUACUGUUAUUUUGUCAGGAAUCCGAACCUCCGGGGUCGUGCUGAGCACGGUAUUUCGGUUAUUCGAUUUGGAUUAUAACAUAUAUGUCAUCUCAAACAACACCCUCGAAACAUCCUCAAAUGCACAAAUCAUCAACGAUAACAUCCUAACAGCAAUCCUACCCAAGAUGCCGGUGGGCGUUAUCUCAGUUGAACAAGCGAUCGCGGGCAUAAAGCGGUCUGCUAGUCACGAUUAGCUUCUUCUAACUAGCCGUUAUUUCCCUUCCCGUUUCUGUAGAUCAGGUAUCCAUGAUAGGCAUGGAAACAUUCUCCGCGAGGCUUGGU